AUGUCGCCUUAUCGAACGUACUUGAACCAUAGAAGGCCACAGGAGCCUUCGGCAUUUCGGGUUACUUCUGCACCGAGUUCCAGGCCGAUAGGGAGAAGUAGGAACGAGCAAAUGCCAAUAAUGGCCAUCACUGCGAAGAUGGAACCAUCAUUGUUAGGCUUGGCGUUCCAUAUAUGGGAGAUCCAGCAAGCAGAAAUAGUGGGCAAAAAGAAUCGGACUGCCCAUGGAAGAUUGCGCCCAAAGAGUCGUCCUAGCAAGGGCGCACCGAUAACGGCCGAGACGAUACCAGAAAGCAAGAUGGUAGCAUCGAAUAAUCCGACUAGAGAUGUUACGGUCAGUGGCGGCGCAGAAGACACCGAAUACCAUGAAAAUGAGGAAGAAGUCGAUCCUAUCUCUAAAAACCAGAGAAAGUUGGUGGAGUUGGCGGCUGCUCUUGUAGAAGGAACCCAAAGGGGAAUACCGCAGUAG